UGUGUUUGAUGGAAAUCUGUGAAGGGGGGUGCAUGAAUGACCUGUGUUUGCCCAUGUCAGAUUGUUUUUUAUUAGGUUUUUUUUUUUUUUACAUUCCUUGUCUUUAUAUUCCACUAAUGUAAUGCUUUGUGGGGGGCUGCAUAAAAGUUUUUAGUUUUCAGAGAGACCACUAGUGUGACUGGGGGUGAAAGCACUGGGUGAUCUGGUUGAGAAACAGGCCAAGGUACCGGACUGAGCUUCUACUACCAUCAUUGUUAUCUAAAUUUGGUUGUUCUUUUCAAGUCGAAUAUCAAUUUCAAGUACCAAAUUUUUGUUUACAUUGUAUGAUUUCUCUCAUUUACAUUUUGUUUUUUGUGUAAAUGUAACUGUGCUCACCCAAACAUCAUCUCUAUUUUUGUGCAUUGUUGCUGUUUGUAUUUAUGUGGCCUAAUUUUAUGGCAGUGCAAGUGUCCACAGUAGUGAAUCUCCAUUAACCAUGUCCAUAAAAUAUUGUGUGCUCGUUUCAUUAAGUCUAUUUGACAAUAUCCAUGUAGUUUUGUGAAAAAAUGUUGCAGUGUUUCCUGGGAGGUGGACACACUGCUUCUGCCUGUGUGUUUCUGAGGCCGUAUUGCAGCACAGGGCUUUAUGUUGGGUGACCGGAACCAGCUGAAACCGGUUUGAGGCAGGCGGAGGGCUCACAGGAACAAUACCGUCUCUGUGCUCCACUGAGGAAUAGAGAUAGCCCAGGCUACUCCAUGGCAGCCCUUCACAGCUCAGCCACUGGCUACCAUGGCACAGACCUGGUCGCUGCUGGCUGGAUGUCGGCGUGCUACGCAGCGCGGCUCAUAGCGAAGGGGGGGCAGGAGGAUCUGGGAAGGGACGAGGGCAGGGGGACGUGGCUGGCUGGGAGUCUGUGAAUCUGCAGCCUAGAGCCUGCCUCACACACACACACACACACACACACACACACACACACACACACACACACACACACACACACGCACAGACACACACACACACAUACACACACAUACAUACAGGAGCAUGAUCUAUCUGUCUGUUUGUAUGUCUGUGUGCUGCUAGUUGUGAAGAGAAUGACUAAGGAGGAUCCUUACCAGGACCACCACCACUCACCAGAUCCCUGGAUGUAACCUGACCCUGUAUUCUGGGCCUUUGCCUGGUUGGGAAGAAACAGGAAUUUUUUUCCCCAGGCAGGGUGGGGUGGAUGGCUUUUUGUGGGUUAGUAGUGUGACUGUGUUUGUUGCAGGAUGGAAGGAAGGAAGGAAAGAAGGUUUGGCUAGUGGCUGGAGAGGGACGGAGGCAAGAGGGUGAUCUCCUCAUCAGAAAAGCAGCAGGACCAUGGGAGAUAUGAAGACGCCAGACUUUGAUGACCUACUGGCGGCCUUCGACAUCCCCGACAUGGUGGAUCCUAAAGCUGCUAUUGAAUCUGGCCAUCACGAUGACCAAGACGGACAGCUCAAGCAACCCAGUGGUGUGGUGACAACAAAUGAUGAGGCCCACAAUCCCUCAACAGGAAAUGAUGUUGGCGUUAGUGUCAUUGUCAAGAACAUCCGAAACACAGAUACUGGUGAGCAUGGUGGAACCAUAUUCAAGAAGGAUGGGCAUUUCCACUGCCAUCCCCAAACCCAGUCUGUUGGCAUUGGCAAUGGACUUCAUAAUGGCCUAAUGCCCGCAAUUACUCCAGGUACUCUUUACAGCAAGAAUGGAUGGAAAGCUCCCAGGGAGGACGGACAGACAGUUAACAACCAAUUAUCUACCUUCAAUCAGUUCAGCCCCAUCUCUAGUGCUGAAGAAUUCGAUGAUGAUGAUAAAAUUGUGGUAGAUGACCCCGCAGACAAGCAGGGAGGUCAGUCAUUCUUGAGGUCCACUACUACGAGAGAGGACCAGAAUCCCAAAUCUUCAAAGGACAAUGUUUCUAAACCCAGAGGAAACGGAGACCAAAAACCUGAUCAAAAUAAGAACAACAAUGGAACUCUGGGAGGUUAUAAGUCUAACAACCCCCUUCAAUCAAGUUUACCAGAGGGGGAAUUCAAGGAAGCUGUUCUCAAGUCUGAAGGUCAGGAGGCAGGAGAGCCAUCAGGGCUUGUUAAUGUGUCCAGUUUGUGUCAAGUCAAAGCCAAAUCCUCUGCAAAACUUUCAUCUUGUAUAGCAGCUAUUGCAGCCCUCAGUGCCAAAAAGGCUAGUGUUACAGAUUUGGGUGUUGUGGAUUCUCCUACAACAGAGAAAGAACCCAUCCAGGACAAUGAAAUUCCCAGAGCUCCAGAGAAGCCACAUGAGCAAGAGUCAGCCCUAGAGUUUGCAAAGAGGCUGUUAACAAGACAACCAGACAGCCCCUCUAGUGUCACAAGUGAAGGUAGCAGCAAAGGUUCCCUUACCUCAAGCACAGAUACUGCUCCGGUCAUCCCAAAAGUCCGGAUCAAAACAAUAAAGACCUCAUCCGGCCAGAUCAAGCGUACUGUCACCCGAGUUCUACCAGAGUUUGAUCCUGAGGGUCUGAAGAAAGGAGAGAAUAGCCAAUCUAUCAUGGCAACUACUCGUGCAAUUUUGCAAUCUCCCACGACAGUAGCCACCGCUGGAGGCCCCUCAAUUGAAAUAACCAAGCAAAUGACUAUCAAACCUGUGGCGACAGCUUUCCUGCCAGUCUCAGCAGUCAAGACAGCUGGUUCCCAAGUGAUUAACCUGAAGCUAGCUAACAACACCACAGUCAAAGCAACAGUCAUCCCUGCUGCAUCAGUGCAAAGUGCCAGCAGUGCUAUCUUGAAAGCUGCUAAUGCUAUCCAGCAACAGACUGUUAUGGUACCUGCCUCCAGUCUGGCUAAUGCCAAACUUGUGCCAAAGACAGUCCAUCUUAGUAACCUCAAUCUUCUGCCUCAGACAGUAUCCUCUGCUGUCUGUGAUCUCCAACAGGCCCUGUCCUCCUCCAAACAAUCACAGCAUCAACAAGUGAAACAGAAGACAAUUCUCGCUGGCCGGGCCUCAAAGAAAGUCUCUAGGGUUCAAGUGUUCGCCAGCUCUCAAAGCUCUGUAGUGGAUGCCUUCAAUAAAGUCCUAAGUAGCAUAAAUCCUGUCCCUGUGUACAUCCCAAACCUCUCUCCACCAACCCUAGCUUGUAUCUCUCUACCCUCACGCGGCUACAAGUGCCUUGAGUGUGGAGAUUCAUUUGCCCUUGAGAAGAGCCUGACACAGCACUAUGAACGUCGCAGUGUGCGGAUUGAGGUCACCUGCAACCACUGUUCCAAAAGUUUAGUGUUCUACAACAAAUGCAGCCUCUUGUCUCAUGCCAGGGGCCACAAGGACAAAGGGGUUGUCAUGCAGUGCUCACACCUAAUCCUAAAACCCAUCCCUGCAGAUCAGAUGAUAACCACAUCUCCGUCAUCAGGCCCACCCAAUACCACUGGCACCACUUGCACCUCCCAAGCACAAGGUACCACUAGUCAAAUCCCAGGGAGAGUUGCUGGUGGUGGGUCCCAAACUGCAGUGAUUUCAGCUCCAUCCAGUACUCCCCUUGUCGCAGCUAUGCCCUUGGAGGAUGAUGCCUCGAAGCUCUGCAGGCACAGCCUAAAGUGCUUGGAGUGUAACGAAAUGUUCCAGGAUGACAGCUCCCUAGCUAUGCACUAUCAGCAAGCACCGGAGUCCAGUGGGCAGAAAACAUGCACCAUCUGCCAAAUGCUUCUGCCAAAUCAGUGCAGCUUUCUGUCACACCAGCGAAUCCACCAGCACAAGUCUCCUUACAUCUGCCCUGAGUGUGGUGCCAGCUGUCGUUCUGUCCACUUCCAGUCACAUGUCACCAAGAACUGCCUGCAUUACACCCGUAGAGUUGGCUACCGCUGUAUCCACUGUAGUGUGAUCUUCGCUGAUGUUGCAACUGUAAAAUCCCACAUCCAGAGUACUCACUGUGAGGUCUUCUAUAAAUGUCCUCUCUGCCCCAUGGCCUUCAAGUCUGCACCUGGAACGCACUCUCAUGCACACACACAGCAUCCAGGAAUGAAAGCAGGAGAGCCCAAGUUGAUCUAUAAGUGUUCCAUGUGUGAUACCGUGUUCACUUUGCAGUCCCUGCUCUACACGCACUUCGACCAGCACGUCAUCAAUCAUAAAGUCUCAGUGUUCAAAUGCCCCGACUGCUCGAUGCACUACGCACAGAAACAGCUCAUGUUGGAUCACAUCAAGACCAUCCAUGGAACCCUGAAGACCAUCGAGGGUCCACCAAACUUAGGCAUCAACCUCCCUCUCAGCACCAAGCCCACUAACUCUAACAGUGCCAACAGCAACAGCCUCAGUAACAAUAAUAACAAAGAUGGAGGAAAUGUCCAUGGUCAAGACAAGGGAGAAAAGAAGCCUUCACCGCUAAAGAAAACAAACAGUAACUGCUCAGCAGACCUCAAGAACCCUUCCGGCUCAGGAUACACGUGUGGAGACUGCAAUAACCUCUUCAGUUCCAGGGAGGUCUAUGUGGCUCACAUGAGGCGCGAACAUGGCAAGAUACUGAAGAAACACCCAUGUCGACAGUGCGACAAGUCCUUCAGCUCCUCCCACAGUCUUUGCCGACACAACCGUCUCAAACACAAGGGACUGCGAAAGGUCUAUACCUGCCCGCACUGUCCAGCUCACAGUCAGCCGUUCACUAAAAGAGUGCUGCUGGAUCAGCACAUUCAGCUGAUGCAUGGAGUCAAAGACCCAGAGGCGAAGACCGUCAACUCUGAUAAUACAGACGCUUUACCUGACAAGAAAACGACCCUCAGCCCUAAAAGGAAGCCAGAAGAGGAUGAGGGGCCUCUGGGCUUGAACUCCAGGGGCUAUGACUCACAACCAUUGAAGAGGCUCAAGGUGAACAUCCUUAAAGUUCACAAGUGUGCUGUCUGCGGCUUCACCACUGAGGACAUCGCGGCUUUCCAUGAGCACAUUCCCCAGCACAAGUCUGAUGGCUCAUCCUUCCAGUGUCAGGAGUGUGGCCUGUGCUACACCUCGCAUCGCUCGCUGUCCAGACACCUCUUUAUCGUCCAUCGGCUGAAGGAGCCGCAGGGCCUUGCCCGAUACAACGGACGGGGCAGGGGCGACGACGAGAGUCAGAGAGAGAACCAGCUGGAUGUUACAGACGAGAACAGUGACGGGACACCAAAUACCAAAUGCAAAGUGUGUGGGAAGAUGUUUGAAACGGAGGGAAACCUGAAUACUCACAUGAGGACACAUGGGAUGGCAUUCAUAAAGUCAAAGAGGCUGAGCGUGACUGAGAAGUGAGAGGAAAACACUUCUAAACCAUUCCAUCUAAAGCAAACACUGUUGUUUUAAACUUAUACAGUUUGUUAUAUUGCCGCACACAACUUAUAGUAAGUUGGCUGAGGUUAUGCUGCAUGUACAUAAUGUACAUAUGUACUACAAUAUGUAUACCGUAUACACACAAAAAUAAGUAAUAUAUGUCAAAGUCACUUCAUGAGUCUUUACAUGCAACAAGAUAGUUUUUUGUACACACGUUUCUAUAGGCUUUAAAUAGAUCUUUUUUAUAGAAGAGCUUUUUAUUUUAAACAGUUUCCAUUGUUGUCUUCUCACUAGGACUAGAUAAUGUAUGAGUAUAUUGUCGUAAUGGGAUUAAUCCUCAUACAGUCAGCAGUGUUCUGAAUGUUCGAUGCUGCUAACGUCCAGCGAAUGUCUGAAAGACAAAAUAUACAUAUAUAAAACCUUUGGGAGCUUCAGGUUUCCCCAGUACAUGUUACCCCUAGUUGAGGUCUUCAGUUUCUACUUAAAAGCUGAGUAGGAGAUGGGCAUCAAACAUUCUUUAUAUUUUAGUUUUUUUAAAUUUCACAGAUAACUAAUAUUUUUCUCUGAGCUCUUCUUAGCCUCCACAAUAAACCCUGGCUCUGUUUUCAUAAUACAUCCUGAAACUACUGAUCCUAAAACAAAAUCUCUUUGAGCUGAAAUUACAUGACAUUUCACAAGAUUUCAGACAAUCAGACAAAAUAAAAACUAUUUUCAUCCAGGUUAUUACCGUUUACAUAUUAAAUGCAUACAAAACAAAAAAGUGAUUAAUGGAUUCAUUUAAAAUGUGUAUAACUCCCAGCUUUGUGGAUGAUUAUGUCAAACAUUUAAAAUCACAAACAGUCUAAUAUAUGGGCCAAAUUUAAAUUUGCUUUAAAAAAUAUAUUUUGUAAAAGAUUGUCAAACUUCUUUCAUUCCUGUCUUAAUAUAUAUUGUAUAUGGCAGCUCUUUGUGAUUACAAAAAAAUGUUUAUUUACCUUAUUAUUAGCAUUAGCACUUGCCUUUUAUUUAAUAGCAGUCUUCUUCACAGCAUAGUUCAUCUGUUGUUACAGCCCAAUAAAAAAUAAAGCUGUAACCCUGUAUUUUAUAACUAUCUACAAUCUUAAUAUUAUCAUUUCUUUUUUUAGUCCUGUUUCUUCAGUUUAAAGUGAAAUCAUAAUGAAUGUUCAUUGAAAGGAAUUAUACUGGGAAAACCAUCUAAAAAGAAAAACCUCUAUGAAUGUAAACUUGGCUGUGAAACUAAAUUAUUCAUAAAAGACAACCAGUUCCAAUUACCUGAACAAUAACUGACAGUUGUGAGAUUGUUUUCCCUUGCUUUGUUUGUUCCAAGCAUUUCCAAAAAAUAUCAUUCAGUUUUGGACGGUAGUUUUUCUACUCCGACAAUAAGACUUUAACUGUCUCGCGCUGUAAAACUGCAUGUAAGAAGCAGUCUGUGAAUUGUUUGUUGAUUAGAAUGUGUCUUGCUGCUUCUGCUGCUGUUUUUAGACAUUUCUGAUGCUUGUGUAAAAAGCUGUUCUUUAUGUCAAUAAACGAUGAAACCUGCAAGGGACAAGACCUGAUGUCCACUGCACAUGAGACAUCAGCUCUUCUCUACGGUAAUAUCAGAAAUCCUA